UUCAUACGAACCCUCUAAAAGUAAAGAAAAAAAAGAUUAUCGUGCAUACCUGAAUGAACACGUGUGUUUAUAGCAAUAUGGCACCACGCAAAGAAUUUCGAUCUAACCUCAAUGUAACAAAAGCACUAAAGAAAAAUACCAAGAAGUGGUAUGAAAAUUACGUAGAAUGGGGAAAAUUGGGUUCCCUAUUUACAGAUCCAAGAAAACUGUUUUUUGUUGGAAGAUUGUUUAUUAUAUUGGAAAUCGUUUUAAAUAUACUGGUUAUCGAAAGGAUACCAUAUACAGAAAUCGACUGGAAGGCAUACAUGCAAGAAGUUGAGGGUUUUUUGAAUGGAACGUUGGAUUAUUCGAAAUUAAAAGGUGACACAGGACCAUUAGUCUAUCCUGCAGGAUUUGUUUAUAUAUUUUCGAUAUUGUACUUCAUCACGGAACAUGGGACAAAGAUAAAAAUAGCACAAUACUUUUUUGCAGUUCUUUAUAUUGUGCUGCUUACGUUAGUUUUCCGAAUUUAUGCGAAAACUAAGAAAGUUCCUCCAUAUAUCUUGAUAAUUAUGUGUUGUACAUCUUAUAGAGUUCAUUCUAUAUUUACUUUGAGACUUUUUAAUGAUCCAGUUGCAAUGAUAUUGUUAUUUGCUAGUCUGAAUGCAUUUUUAGAUGACCAUUGGUAUUUAGGAAGUAUUUUCUAUAGUAUGGCUGUGUCUGUAAAAAUGAACAUUUUAUUAUUUGCACCAGCACUUCUCAUUACUUACAUGUAUAAUUUAGGAAUGUUCAAGACAGCAAUACAUUUAUUUAUAUGUGCUUCAAUUCAAUUAAUAUUAGGUCUUCCUUUUUUGCUGAACAAUCCAUUUGCAUAUGUAAAAAGUGCUUUUAAUCUUGGAAGAGUUUUUGAGUUUAAAUGGACUGUAAAUUGGAGGUUUCUGCCAGAAUAUAUUUUUAUUCAUCCAUAUUUUCACAUAUCACUGUUAGUGUUGCAUAUAUUGACUUUAAUUUAUUGUAUACCAACAUGGAUAAAAUAUAUGAAAUCAUAUGCAAAAUUAAAGUUUCUAGAAAAAAACUUGCAGCCUCGAUUAAAAAAGAAAGAGAAAGUAGAUAUGUCUACAGUCAGUCAAUUAUUUAUUUUUCCAAUGUUUGCUGCAAAUUUUAUUGGUAUAAUGUACAGUAGAUCAUUGCAUUAUCAAUUUUAUAUAUGGUAUUACCAUACACUUCCUUACAUUGCAUGGUGUACAGAUUAUAAGACUGUAAUAAAGUUAACAAUUUUGGGCAUAAUAGAAUUAUGCUGGAACACUUAUCCAAGUACCAUUUUUAGCAGCAUUUCAUUACAUAUAUGCCAUUUGAUGUUGUUAUUAGGUUUUAUAAAAGACAAAUCUAAUACUGAAAAAGAGAAAUAAACAUUUUUGUAUAAUA